GUACGUAGAUCCCAUCGACGGCGUUCGGAGGGAGCACUUUGACAUGAAAAUGCCCCAUUGACAGGUAGAUCCCAUCUCUCCCACGAGAUCCCUCGAGUCUGCUCACCAUGGCGAUGGUGGGGGAGGAGAAGGCUGGGGGGAGCAGGAGCAAGGUGUUGGUGAUUGGGGCGACAGGAAGAUUCGGUCAAGAGCUAGUGAAGGCGAGCCUCGCCGCGGGCCACCCGACCUACGCCCUCGUGAGGGAGCCCACCUUCUCCCGCGCCGACGCCUCCCUCCUCCUCCGAUCCUUCUCCGCCAGCGGCGUCACCCUCCUCAAGGGUUCCUUACAAGAUUUUCCAAGUCUUCUCGAAGCUCUCAAGCAAGUAGAUGUGGUCAUCUGUGCAGUACCAUCGAGUCAAGUGCUCGAACAAAAGCUUCUAAUUCGAGCUAUAAAACAAGCAGGGUGCAUCGAGAGGUUCAUCCCAUCUGAAUUUGGUGCUGACCCUGACAAGGUUCAAACCGUCGAGAUGGAUCAUGACUUUUAUAAGAAGAAAGCUGAAAUUCGACGUUGUAUCGAGAAAGAAGGCAUUCCUCACACCUAUAUUUCCUGUAACUUUUUCCAAAGAUAUUUGCUCCCAUCACUUAUACAACCAGGUCUAAAGACUCCUCCAACAGACAAAGUAAAGAUUUUCGGUAGUGGUAAUGUUAAAGCUGUUUUUGUCAAAGAGAGUGAUGUUGCUACAUUCACAAUUUGUGCAAUAGACGACACAAGGACAUUAAAUAAGGUGUUAUACUUGAGACCUUCAGGCAAUGCCUACUCUCAGAAUGAGCUGACCGAGAUUUGGGAGGUUAAAAUGGGUAAGAAACUUGAAAAGAUUCACGUAACAGAGGAGCAGCUUCUUAAAAGUAUUCAUGGCUCGUAGCAAGAAACCACGAAGAACCUGAAAGGUCAGAUUUACUAGAAACAGCUUGAUAUCUGUCAGUACUACUCGAAAUAAAUUUGGGAACGCACUUGAAUGCUUCCGCAAAUGUACUUUAAAUCACGGGGACAGAGAUGGUCUGAAUCAAAGCAACGAUCUUGAUAGAACAAUUAAAGCAUCGUAAAGAUCAUCUCGUCAGUCGUCCAUGGCCAAUGACUCUUCCAAUUUGUCUUGAUCAGCUCUGUUCACGAGAUUCUACCGUCAUUAGGAAGACCAACUCCUGUUGUUCGUGAUGAGGAACGCAUCUAAUUUUUCUUCUUACAAGAUUUUGCUGCCUCGAGAGUCUUAUCAUGCUUUCGUUAUGUUUAUGUCUCGGGGGAAAGAACAGAAAAAUGCACAGCUACUAAUCGAUAUGUUUGCCGAUGAAGCCAGAUUUCAAUGAGCGAGGACAUAAUGUCCGAAGAGCAGGAGCGACGCGCACAGGUAGAGAACUCUUCAUGCUGCGGACAAAAGGGAAGAUCACGUGAACACACAGUGCAUCUGCUCAGUUUCUUCUGGCAAACAAUAAAGAAGAGAUGAGCUUUUUCCGGUUCGACAUGAAAUGUGGUACGACUUCAUCGUCGAUCAAUAAAACUCGAGAGUCGAUCACAACAACAACAAGGAGGAAAUCUCUUGUCACUUCGGCAGGGUCGUCUUUUUCACUUCAUUGACGGAACACCUCAGUCUAUCUCGGGGGAACGAGCCAAGAUGCAUCGACGAUGACCUAGCCAUGACCAACAAGUCCCUUUCUUCUUCCCCCCGAUCCAAGAAUCAAUCGAAACAUACGAAGAAAAAGCAUGCGAUGGACCUAAUUUUCCAGAGCGCAGUCGAGUUUUUGUUCGAAUAAUGACAGUAAUGAUAGUAAUAAGAAGUUCCAUCUCAUUGCCUGCGA